UUCAGUACAUCAUGUCACUUUCACGUCCUGUCGAUGCUUUCGGUGUGUGCGUGCCAGCGGGAUGCUGCUUUUGCGCUUAAUAAAAGCCCUGGCUCGCAGAAGAGAGAAGGGAGAAGAGAAGAGAGCAGCAAAGGAGAGAAGGGAGAAGAGAAGAGAGCAGCAAAGGAGAGAAGGGAGAAGAAAAGAGAGCAGCAGUGGAGAGAAGAGAGUAGCAACGGAGCAACGCUAGGAGAAGCAGCUCGAGCAGAGGGGGCAGCCGGAGAGGAUCAACGCGAGCAGCAGCCGCGCUCAAUUUCCUUAAGAGACAGAGCGUAGGUAGUCAGUGAGCAAGAAAUCUAUGGCGGGAUCCUCUAGUACAGGCUUUCCAUGGACACCUGCAACGAUCGCUAUAGCACUUAAUGCCUCCUUACAGGUUGUGCGCGAAGGAAACGAUGAUCCGUUAAAGGAGAACAACAUAAUCCAAGCCGUGGCGAAAUUGCAUGCAAGACCCAUAUGUUCUAGGUUAACCGCGCCACUCCAAUGUGUAACCACCGAGGACCUUAGGGCCCUCUUGUAUCACCGGCGUCAAAUGUAUCUGAGGGUCCGCGAACUGGCCGACCAUCCUUCUGUGAUAGGUUUCUCUAGGAGGCAAAGAACGAUAGUAAUGUCGCCAGACCAGUAUGCAUCCCAUAUUCAGGCUUUCCCGGAAGACGAACAGUUGAUCAACAAAGAAAUCUCACACUUCUUGACGAUGUGUAUGCUCUUCGGCGGGGGUGUGAUGCCUGGUUCGCGUAGAAGACGACGACAGUCAGCGAAUCAAAGGGGUACAGAGGCGACCUCUACGAAUCAUCCAGAUAAUGACGAGGACGAAGACGAUGACGAUUUCAUGCCCCCCAUGCCUAGACGUUCGAACAGAAAUACAGGAGAAAGUUCUAGGAACACUGCAAGAGGACGUUCACGCACAACAUCGAGAUGCCAUACAACUGAUAGGGAAAUAGGACGUGGUACCACCUCGGAGAAACCUCAAGAUGAUGACGACGACGACGAUUUCAUGCCACAACGACCCCGCCCUCCGAGGCUUCCAUCUCCGGAGGACACCGAUGACCCUGAAAAUGAUGAUGGAUUUGCUCGUACUCAUUUUUACAACUUCCCAGAACCACCUCGGAGACGACAACCAUCUUACCCGGAUAGCUUUGACCAUCGCACCUGGAAUUCUUACGCUAAUUUGCGUCGCCACUUUCCUUCGCCCUAAGCAUCUAUUGUAACCCUAUAUAUUUUAUUCCCUUAAGGCAUGAUAUUAUGUUCUUUAGGCGUAUCGUACAUGAUAAUGUUUGUUGUUGUUCGCUCUUUAUGUGUAACCUCUGUACCGGGUUCCAUGCUACUUAUGCUUUACAACUACUAUUGUUUCCUCUGUACUGAGAAUUUCUUAAAUUAACAAUACAGUGAAUAAGACAUAAUAGGGAUGACCUCGACAUUAAAAUCAAUAAUACAUGUGUCAUGACAAAUUGUCCUGGCUACUCAACGGCGACGAUGCCUCACACAAUCUCCAGGCGUGUAAGCGUCUGGCGGGUGUGUGGCUCUCAUCCCAGCAGCCUGCGCAGGCC